AUGCGCGCGUCCAGGCCCCCCCGUGUCCAAGGCCCCGCCUGCGUGGGGAUGCCCUGGGAGAAAAUCUUUAACGGGGCCGGCUGUGGUGUGGACGAGGUUGUCUAUUGCGCUGCCUCUCUCGCGGGACCCAGCUUCGGCAGACAGGCAUGUCUCGGGUCCAUCGACCCCGGUCCCAGGAUCCGCUCCUCGGCGGCGCCCGGGCUCUACCGGGGAUUGGACGGAGACGACCAACAUGGCUUUGUUGGAGAUAUGCAUCACAUCUCACAUGGGCGGUUUCUGAGGACACCAGAAGAAAAGAAAGAAAAGGUAGGUUUCGAGUCAUCCAGCACCCCCGUGUCCGAGUCACGUUGCAGCUUGAUGGGGAGGUCUCUUGAGUUGGGCCGACUGCAACAGCCGGCCAGGAGAUACAUCACUUCUCACGUCGUCGUCGUCGUCGCAAACUCGGCCGCGAUGUGGGAGAUGGAGUGGAUGGAGAUGCUAGGGUUGAACUGGUCCAGGUUGCCAAACGCUCGUGCUGUGGAGAGUUGCACUCUGAAUCUGGCGAUGGUCCAUCCCCGGGAGGAUACUACUCAGGAUCAAAUCGCAAGUCCUGUCAGCAGGGGGUAUGUGCCGGGUUCAGGCCGUAUGGCUUGUUGGUCAACAAGCAGGCAUCUCCGGCAACAUGAAAGUCUGAGGGCCAAAAUCGAUGCGGAGGAUCGACGCCGUCGAGGUGAAUCACUCGGAGCAUGGGCCUCACACCCUUCUUCGACUCGAGAUAACAACAGCCGAAGGAUAACACACCCAAGUCGGAUGGCGCAACGGCUUUGCUUUUUUGAUAUUGGGCCUAAUCAGGAAACUUUUCGAGGGCCUUGUCUCUUGAUGGCGCGACUGUUUCCAACGCGGGACUCCGCCAUAGCGAGCGCAUUAUCGGAAACAGCGAUAUCGACGCUAUCCGUCGCAAAUUUCUUUUUCUGGGCGCGUUGCGUCUUCGCAGGUUUCUUUUUCCUCGCGCCUCUCUGA